AUGCCGACCGACAAGAACGGCGUCAGCUUCUUCACUCCAACAGAGGAACACGACGAAGAGGAGACGGUAGCCACGUCUCCCUCUUCUGAGGUACGGUCUGACUGACUUACAAUAUCUGGAAAAGUUUUUUUUAGGCUGGACGCCCAAAUGCUCUGGAUAACAUCCGCGAUUACGGAAUGAGUAAGUCAUUAUCCUUAUCCGCGUGAACUUUGCACUAAAUGUUAUAAACUCUAAAUGGGCCGGGAAUUCGAGUCAUUUGAAUAUCCAAAACCGGUGAAAAGUGGUUAGCGAAAAGAAAAGCUAUGGGAUCGAAGCAAUCCACGUUGGAGAAGGUUACUUUCUCGCUUUUCCGACAUGACAAAGAACUGGUUUGCAGCGUGAGAAUGCGUCGGAAAACAAGACUGGGAGAUACGGGGUAAUCAGUGAGCAACCGGCGGGAACUGAUAGUAUGCCUAACCAAGGCCCUCCUGUUCUGAAAUCUCCCAUUUUCAACGUAAAUCUGGCAAAGAUCCGUUCCACUGACACGAUUGUCGGCCCGAACACUGCGAAAAAAGCGAGAUCGUUCAACAUGACCGAGGUGGAUUUCUCGAUCACGGGCAUCUCGAGCACUUUCGCUCCCGUUCCGGUCGUGAACAAUGAGUCGAAUAGCUUGUGAGAACACUAUCAGGGAGUGUCUAUGAACAGUUUGAGUCUAGGAUCCCUGAAAAACUCGAUACGACGCCUGAGAAUUCGCCUGAGAAAUCAACGGCGACUGCCCGGAAGGUCGAGCAUCCGCCUGACUCUCCGAGUCCGAAACGAAAAGUGAAAAAACAAAAGUCGGAGGAUUCAGAGCCGCCCGAGGGAUAUUUCCAAGCGAAGCAGAAGUGAGAGUGCGAAUGAAUUGGGGGAGAAUGAGAUUCGGUCAUUUAGAGAGAAGAUUGAGCGGAAACGGUCGAACAGUAGAAGUCCGCCCAAGGAAGCGCCGACAGUUGAGAAAAAGAAAAGUGAAAAGAGUCAGAAAAGUGAGAGUUAUAAUGAAAAUGGGACAUGCCACUUCUCCAGUGUAUAACGUUAAACCGGGUGUGAUUCAGAUGACUUAUCCACAGACGUGACGAAUGCUCAAAUUGGUGAGCACAAAAAGUGUUGUGAUAGUCUAUGGUUUUCUGUUCGGAGAAUGUGUUCACUUCGUCUUUUCCUUUUUUUAUCAAUCAUACUUUCAGAGACCGUCGACAGCGAGCUCUUCGACUCGGGACCGUUCAAAAAGAACUACGCGGUGAGCUUGUCCGCUCUUCCGUCUUCAGGCCUAAAUCAAUCCUAAUCGCUUUCAGAUGGGCCAUGCCGACCAUUCGACUGCGUCUCCGUUCGAAAUUUCAACGACUCCGAUCGAAGUACACGAGUCGCGCGUCCACAAAACCAUUGAGAUAUCUAACCGGUAAGUGGGAAGGUUUUUCGAAAACGUUUUGCGUCGCUCGAAUAUUCGGAGCCUAAUUUUUAGCGAAAAGGGCUCAAAAACGAGACGGUGGUCUUGCUUGUGAGUUUACCAGCAGAACUCGUCGUAAACCUAUUCUAUAGGCACUUCUAACAUUCUUUCUAUCCCUUUUUCUCCUAAUCACCUUUAAAUAACACUUUCCUAGCCCAUUUUCUGUGAUGCCCAGUGCACGUUGUCCUGUGUGGUCAAACCUCUGUCCGUUGUGCAUGUCCCCGUGUGUCUUUUUCAGCGAAAAUGUGUCGACGUCGAAAAUCGAAGAGAAGAAGGCGGAAGUGCCAAAGAAGAAGCUUCCGACUCUGCAGCAACAACUACAGCAUCAGAAGGAGCGAAGGAAUACAGUGGCACACGUGGCAAUGGGUCUCGCGAAGAACGGAUCGACUUCCGUGGUCGGAACCGAAUUCUAUUCGCCGCCCUGUUCGGAAAAGGAGGGACUCAAGAAAAGGUUGAGGAUUUGUAUUAAAUGACUCAUUGUGCUGCUGAUUCUGAUUCGGUUUCAGAACCGCAUUCCCAUGAUUACAAUGCUAACCACAAUUCUCUUCUUCCUUUUUUGUAUUUGGGAGGAAGGAUUAGCACACAGACUGCAAGAGUUUUUUCUUGGCUCUUCCUCCUUCUUCUUCCACCUCUUGAGCAGAAAGUUGAGAAAGAGGCUCCUCCCUUUCGCAGAAUUGAAUGUGAAAACGAGAAGAGCCAAGGUUGAUUUUAUGGCAGCUGCCCAUUCACCCAUUUUCACAUUUCCUUGUGCGCUUUUGAUUCACGAAACACUUUCGGCUCCUUGCAUUCACUGUGAGCAGCUCAUAUUUGAAAUAGAGCGUUCAGAGCUCACUUUUUUCUGGGAAUCUUGGUCCGUCGAACCGGAAAUUCGUUGACAUUCGCACUCUGAUCGAUGAGCACGCUUGAGUAUAUUCUAGUCGUACAAAAACUUAUAGAAGUAAAUCCCCCACAAAAAGGUGUUUUCGCUACUGAUUUACAGCCUCGAGAGCUGUGAUUCUUGCCAUUUUCGAUUCACCACUUUCUGGCUUCUAGCAGGCUCACAUUUGUGGGUACUUGUGAACUGAAAUUCCAAACCGAAAACGUUAGACAUUCUGUUAUUGGUAGGCUUCCUUAUCCCCUUCAUUUCCCUUCUGAUCCGUUCCAGAUUAUCGGCUCCCCGCCAAAAAAAAAGAAGAGUGAAUACAUCCAAAUCUUAUUUCUUUUUGGUCAUGCACAUUUCCCUUAUGCCAACUAUGCUUUUUUCACAUUAAAAAAGUGUUCGACUACAUGAUAUUGUAGUUCAAAAGACAUUCAAGAAACCACUCGUCCGCAAUGGCUCUCGAUAUUGACUUGCAUGUUUUAUGGGCGAAAGUGCAGUAAGUUUGAGAAGUCAAUAUCCUCUCGUGUGUGCGUGUUUUUUCAUGUGCAUGAUCUCCUCCUUCUCAUCUAACUGUCUUUUUGUAGGAUAUGAGAAAUGUAUAAACACAACAAGAUUUUCUGUGAUUUCCAGAUUCGCACCAUUAUCAAAUAUCCUACCAACCCCAUUGCAAUGUCAAGUUUCAGAGCUCGUCUCGAAUCGCAGAACGAAGGAUGUCUGUCGCCGUCUUCGCUGAAAUCGGUUCUCGACGAAAUUCAGACGGAGCCACGGUGCAAGUCGCCGCAGCAGCUCGAUCUGCACACUUUCAGGUUGGACUGCGCCUUCUAUGAAUGACGUCAUCUUGAUCGUGUUUCUUUCAGAGAUGCCGUAGACGUCAACUAUCAACGCAUGGCGAUCACUGGAGAGGAGCUGAGCGGAGUGCCUUUGGAGGAUCUGAAGACGGCCUCCGGACACCUCAUCGAGGCCCUUCAGCUGCGCUCCCGUUACAUGGAACGCAUCGGAAAUCAGUUUCCGUCGACGACUCGCAACUUUUUGACUGGACACUAUCCGAAUAAUCUUCCGAAACAUCGUGUUAAGAACACGGAGACCAGUGAGUUGAAGUUCUGAUUGUCCUUCGAAAAGUUUGUUCAAAUUGUUCUUUUUCAGUUAGACAGCUAUGUAAGUUUCGGGCAGAUUAACAGUUUUAUUUAUUUGGAGGGUAUGAGCACACAGUAUUAUGAUGAUGGUAGACAGCACUCACAUGAAGAAUCCACGUUCAUUUGCACACUGAUCUGUUCGAGGUUGAGAUCGACACGUAGUUGUUUAGUUGUGAACAGGCUUCUACCGUACAUCUAUCCUAUCAUCUAUUAUCCUGAGGAUCACCUGAAGAUUUAGACAAUGCCUAUCCGAUUCAGCAAUUUCUGUUUCAAUUUAGCACAAGUAAUGUUUCAUCCGCCCAGCGUCGCGAACCUGGAGGGUAAGAGAGUUUGCGAGUGAACAGUCCGCUCUCACAACUGACUUGUUUGGUUUUCCAUUACUUUCAGCUAAGACUCUAACUCUUAACUAGCCUAGAAUAUCUACCAUAAGUACAGUAAUCCAGUGAACAAAUUGUUCACUCAUCAUUAAGGUUGACAUUAGUUAUACUAAUAGUUGUUUCACUCUUUCUCGGUUUCUCACCGUUUCUUGUAGUGAAUUGCUCCCCCUACGAUUUCCCGUUUGUGUCUGAUUCCCGUCAAUUUCGUCCUCUUUCAACUUCUACUCCUACCGGAUGAAAUGACUGUUAACAUCCGGAUUUCCUUCUAAACUAGUGUCACUGUUCGUCCCGUAAUUCUGUUCCUAUUUCAGCUGUGCAGACGUCGUUCAAUCCACCAGAUCCGCCAAAGGAUCACUGGGGAAAGAAUGAUCCGUUGCCGAAGUACGAGAAGAUCUAUCAGUUGAAGAGAAACCGUGGAGUGGUUUGUGAGAGUCGUGAUGACUUGAAGAUGAUUCCUAAUUUUAGACCGAAAUCUGUCUUGAAGACGGAACCCUCGAUGAACAGUUCAAGUCUGUCUACGUGACGAAGGAGGAGUUCCUGAACGACACGGAGAAGCUGACUGCGAUGAUCGUCGACGGGCCUCUGAAGUCGUUCUGUUUCCGUCGUCUCUCCUACUUGGAAACAAGUUCCAGCUGCACGUUCUGCUCAAUGAACUCCGUGAGCUGCACGAGCAGAAGGGCGUCUCCCAUCGUGAUUUCUACAACAUUCGGAAAGUGGACACUCACAUUCACGCCGCCUCGUCCAUGAAUCAGAAGCACUUGCUCCGUUUCAUCAAGAAGAAGAUAAAGACGGAGGCCGAUGCCGUCGUGCUCGAGAAGGACGGUCAGAAAGUGACGAUGAAGGAGGUUUUCAAGAAGAUGGGCAUCGAUGCGUACGAUCUUUCGGUCGACAUGCUCGAUGUGCACGCCGAUCGCAACACUUUCCAUCGUUUCGAUAAGUUCAACACGAAGUACAAUCCAGUCGGCGAGUCGACUCUUCGUGAGAUCUUCAUCAAAACUGACAACUACGUCGGCGGAAAGUACUUUGCCGAUCUUCUGAAAGAAGUGCUCUCGGAUCUCGAGGACAGCAAGUACCAGCAUUCGGAGCCACGUCUCUCGAUCUACGGACGCAGCAAGAGCGAGUGGGACAACCUGGCCAAAUGGGCUCUCACUCACGACGUCUGGAGCCCGAACGCCAGAUGGCUCAUUCAGAUUCCGCGACUCUAGUGAGUUGUGAGAGCUCUUCAAAACUGAUUGUUAUUUUCUUUCAGCGAUGUCUACCGCGCCAAGAACAUGGUCAAGAACUUUGACGACAUGCUCGACAACCUAUUCACUCCUCUGUUCGAAGUGACCAACGAUCCGUCGACCCACCCGGAACUCCAUCUCUUCCUGCAGCAAGUCUCUGGAAUCGAUUCGGUCGACGAUGAGAGCAAGCACGAAUUUGUUCACGUACGUUCUCUUCCUCCCUUACCCUAUUGAAUAUUUUUCAUCUUGCAGUUUGAUCGUUCCACUGCUUGUCCUCCAGAAUACACCGACCUGGAGAAUCCACCGUACAACUAUUAUCUCUUCUACAUGUACGCCAACAUUUGCGCCCUGAACGCCUUCCGUCGUGCCCGCGGACUCAACACUUUCGCACUGCGUCCACAUUGCGGAGAGGCCGGACACGUGUCCCAUCUCCUGACUGGAUACCUGACCAGCGAGAGCAUUGCUCACGGAAUCCUGCUCCGCAAAGUGCCCGUCCUUCAGUACCUCUUCUACCUGACUCAGAUCGGAAUCGCUAUGUCGCCGCUGUCGAACAAUUCGCUGUUCAUCAGUUACCAGAGAAAUCCGCUUCCGGAAUACCUGCAGAAGGGUCUCAAUGUUUCCCUUUCGACCGAUGAUCCUCUCCAGUUCCAUUACACAAAGGAGGCGUUGAUGGAAGAGUAUUCGAUUGCCGCGCAGGUGUGGAAGCUCAGCUCGUGCGACAUGUGCGAGUUGGCCAGAAACAGUGUCAUGCAGAGUGGAUUCGAGGAUAAGGUCGGUCCUAAAUGAAGUGAACCUUCCUCUCAACUUUUUUUUGCAGGUCAAAAUCCACUGGCUCGGACCGAGCUACAAGGAGGAAGGUGUGCUCGGAAACGACAUCCACCGCACCAACGUGCCCGAUAUCCGUGUCAGCUUCCGUCACGAGGCGCUCGUCGAUGAGCUCUACAAUCUGUUCCGUGUACAGAGCACCCUCAAGCAGUAG